UCGUAUAAUUAAAAAAGGAAACAGCCAAGUAUGCAUAAUGAUAUAAAAGAUCUGACAUGAAAUGUGUACAUGCUCUAGUAUUUGUACUUUACACUUUUUUUCAGUGUCAAGAGUAGCCUGCUCAACCUCUUGCUGAAGCUCAAAUGUGCUGUGAAACACGAGAAUGAACCUCAUUGGUUACGCAGCACCUUUGAGCUUCUGGAAGAGGUUUGUACUUGUGUGUUAUUCAGGUUCGGUUGACCUUCGGCUUAUGGUCGCUGAUCAAUGUUUAUUCAAUUUGUUCAUACAGGAACAUCAGGAUGAAGAAACAAGUAUGGUGCUCUCUUCACACUCCUCAGAUUUAAUCAGCACAUCUUCCUCUGCUGCAGUAGAGAAGGUAGAGCCGUGGCUGAAGUGGUGACCGUUUUCAUGCUGUUUUUCUCCUCUUGCAGAUGGUGAAAGUGGAACAAUGUGGAGGAGUAUGGAAGAGCAGGGAGGAAAGAUGUAAUUUUAAAAGAUGUUUUAGAAAUAGAGAUAUUUUUGCUGUGGUCAAUAACUCUCAAGUGUGGUCUAUCAAUACCAGGUGGUGUUUUGUACAAAUGUAGAACGGCUUCAGUAUAAUUUCACUUUGAACACAAGUUGCAUAUUGCUACUUCUGACCCUGUCAGUUGGGACUAAAGUAACACAACAAUAGGUACAAGCUAGAUUUUUUUUGUGUGUCAGUCUUUUGUUUUUAUUAAAAAUAGGCUACCCGACUACGACCUUGUUAAUAUGCAACUAAAUAUAUUUGGUCCUCUAUCUUUGCAAAAAAUUAUUAAAUUACAUUUUCAUUUUAAAUUGAAAACAUUUCAGUUUCAUCAAAUGUUUCAAAGUAAACCGACAGUACAAACUUUUUAUUGGCAACGUCGAUCCAUUUUAUAAAACUUUAAAACAUUUUCAACAGAAAUUACAAUCUGAAAAUUAAUAAAAUAAUUAUCAUAUAAAUUCUCAACAUGUUACCGUAGUCAUGUUUCCAAUCCAGCUGUUUUUAUGCAUAUAUACAAAUGAGCAUAAAAACAUCUGGAUGGAAACACUGCAGAUUCAUAGGUGGAUGUGGAAAAGCUAAGAUAUUGCUAAAAACUAAAUGAUGUUUUAUUAACAAAAUUCGGGAGGAGCAGGUUCAGAUAAUUAACCUAAUUAGCACAGGUGGAGAGCAUUCAGUUAAUCAAUUCAACCAAUGACUAGAGGUAUAAAUACAGCAGAUUUACCUCUGUACAUUUGAGAGUUUACCAGCAUCCCUCCUCCACCCAUCUCCUCACUUCUAGUUCUAUCUAUUUUUACCACACUGGGGGGAGUUCGGGACAAUACUCUGAGCUCUGAGCCCUCUCCUCGGACAGCACACCAAAUACACAUAACUUUUAUUAUAUUGAAUUAUAUGUACAUGUGAACUCUUGAAAUGUGACUAUGGUAAAUGUAAACAGAUUGAGUGAAUAAAUGGAGACAUACAGAAAUCAGCAACAGAUUUGUCCAGAAACACCCUCUUUAAUAAACACCUGGCUGAAUCAGACCUCUGUCGGUCUUUCUGACCCUCACUCUUGGCAUAUUCUGCUGCUAUAAUAUGACAUAAACAUGUUUUAAUAAAUGCUGCAACACAGAGAAAGUCACCACAUUAGCAGCGGGACAAAAGAAACAAGUGUUACUUUCGUCCCGACAGGAAUUCCUGACAUUUAAAUCCGAGUGACUUUUUUACUAAACUCUGACAAGGCAAACUUCAGGAUGUUACAGCACUAAAUAACCUGUAGAUUGAUCAUUACUGGACACAUGAAACAAGAAACACAACUUGUAAUUAGAAAAAAAAAAAAACGUACAGCUUCAGUAAUUUUCUUCCCGUACUCGAAAACUGCUCUCCAGACAUAACCGUGGGAAGCAAUGACGAAAUCACCUGAUAUUUGGCAGCUCCAUCAAGGGUUGCGUGCUGAACGUGCUGUCAUAACUUGAAAUGAAAAUGUAGUCAGAGCUUUGAGAAAAUACACAGAACAAACCAAUCAACGAAAUGAACAACAGGUGUAACUGAUAAUCAAACAAUGAGAAACCAUAGAAAAUAAUACAAACCCAGAAAACAGAAAUUCAAAACAAACAAGGACUCACAUAUUCCCUACAGAAGCUUCUUGUCAUGAGAUAUGAAGGGUGUGUUCACAGGUUUGGUUCGAUUAACAUGGACCAAAGACAUCUAAAUGGACCAAAACCAGGUUGUGAUGUCACAAGAUGCAGUCCUAAAAACCCUAACCCUUCCUGUCAUAGUCACAAUGUUUUCCAUUACAGUUUGGUACAGCAGAUCUGUGUUUGUGUGACAGAGGAAUUCCUGCUGCUGUUUGACUCCUUUACAUGUUUUAUAAGCUCUGAAUGAGUUCUCAGCUGGUACAAAAGAAAACAUCAUAUGUACGCACAUGUCAUGUUUAGUCCAGCACACAGAAUUGUUUUGGAUGUUCAUUAAGUUCUGUCACAAAAUGACUGAACUGAUUCUGUGAGCAGAUGAUUUACAGAUCAGAACAGAGAGUGAUCACAUGACCUGGAGUCACACAGAAGCAGCCAUAUUCAGUUAAAGCACUUUUAUGUCACAGGGGUUAUGCGCCAAUUAUAUUAUUUUUUUACUUAAAUUACAGCUGCCUCAAUUUGUGUCUAAUGUCAUGAUAUUUUUUUAAACAGAGGAUGGAUUUCCACCACAGAAUGCCAUUAAAUACAUGAUUUAGUUAAUAAUUUUCUCUCUGUGAUCACAUCUGCAAAUCAUAUUGAAUUAAUGCCUGAAUUAAUUAAUGUUAUUAAACCACAAAAUAAAUAUGUUCAUUAAUGUUUCCUCAAUGAAAAUGAUUUAUUAAAAAAAUGGCAAAAUAAGUACAAACAGGGACUAGACUGAAUAUGUUCCACCAUAACAGUCGAACAGAUAUAAAUAUGAUCGUUUUCACUCUAAUAUUAUUAUUUUCAUUCAGUGAAGAAUCUGAGGAUGGUCGUCUUCACCUCUGAAAGGCUCUUUAUCCUAAUGGCUGUAGAAAUAUUCUCUUUCUGUGAAUAUAAACUGUAUUUGUCACUUCCUGUUUUCAGUUUUCAUACUUUCAUCAUGUUAAUGUGCUGUUAUUCCUCUCAUGAUAGAAAGCUUUAUUUCUGAUAAUUAUAUAAAUCCAGACAAUUAUAUGAAGAAACAUUUCUGUAGCUUCUAUAAAAACUCUGUUAUUUUGAAUGAUAAUCAUCAUCUAUCUAAUCAUGUGUAUUGAAAUUAUAAACUAAUAGCAGAGAGGAAACUUACACACCUGCAAACUCACAAAACCUCACAAGACUCAUGCUCAUACAAAGAGUUCUGAUUUUUAUAUUUAUACUGUUUAUGAUUAUUUUAGAUUUCCAAAACAAUGUUUUGAUAUGUUUGUAUCUUAUACUUUUUGUGUUUUAAUUGUCUCUUUACAUUUGUCUGAAAAUCCUAUAAUAGGUUGUUAAAUCUCAGUGUGACAAGUUACCCCAAUUAAACCUGAACCUCACAGUCUUCAGUCUUACUAAAAACGUCCAGGCUGUUGGGGCAAGUUUCAGCUAAACUCUGCAGGACGUUGACCCUCCAGGAACUCAGGUUACUCCCACAUUACUCUCAUUACAGAUGCUUUUCAUUUUUUCAUAGUGAUGUUUUUCCAUUUAAUCAGAACUGGUUUAUCUGGAUUAGCUGCUGUUCAACUGAACUCUUUCUCAGUCAAAAGGAAGAAAAUAAAACAGGUUUAAACAUAUUGUCCUCAUGCAUCAGAUCACUCACAGACUUUCACUCUGACGAUCCAGAGAAAUGGUUAUAAUUUUAACUGAUCAUGGACCUGCUUAUGUUCAUAUUUGUGGCUGCAGCAGCAGUUAAAUCUGACGGGCUGACUGUGCGCGGUCCCUCUGGUCCUCUGGUUGAUCAUCUGGGAUCUUCAGUGGUUUUGCCCUGUUAUGUUGAUGAACCUUUACUAACAGUGGGUCUGGAGGUGGAAUGGAGAAGAACAGACUCAGAGACUCUGGUUCAUCUGUAUCAAGAUGGAGAGAGUCGACCAGAUGCCCAGCAGGAGGAGUAUCAUGAUAGAGCUCAUUUCUUUACUGAUCAGAUUCAACAUGGAAACUUCUCCCUCCGUCUGGACAAGCUGAGAGCUGAAGAUGAGGGAAAAUACACAUGUAAAGUUUACAGUCAGCAGGAAUCUGGAGAGACUGAGGUUCAAAUAAAAGUUGAUGAUGUUGAGCGUUUGCUAGUAUCAGGAUCGAGUCACUCCAUAUCUGCAUCUGUGGGUGAAGACGUCACUCUGAGCUGCUCUGUAGACUCUCACAUCAAACCUGAAGAUACUGAAGUUUCAUGGAAGAAAACAGAUGAAGAUGAAGAUAUUCUGGUUCUGCUCUACCAAGACCAUGAGCCUUUACCAGGUUCAUCAGAUGAACAAUACAGAGACAGAGUUGAGUUCUUCACUGAUGAAAUCCCCAAAGGAAACUUCUCUCUCAGACUGAAGAGUGUCAGAGCUGAGGAUAAAGGAGUUUACAUGUGUCAAGUGUUUGCUGGAGGACUUUCAGCCAAUGCAACUGUAGUUCUGGAGAGACUGGAUUCUUUUCUCUCUUCAUAUUUCUACGUGAAAGUUUCCUCUGCGCCUCUGGUUUUUCCUCUGGGAUCUUCAGUGGUUUUGCCCUGCUAUUGUGAUAAACCAUCAGAGGGUCUGAAGUUGGAAUGGAGAAAAGACGCUACUUUAGUUCAGCUGUAUCCAGAUAGAGAGAGUCAACCAGAAGAACAACAUAAGGAUUAUCAUGAUAGAGCUCAUUUCUUUACUGAUCAGAUUCAACAUGGAAACUUCUCCCUCCGUCUAAACAAACUGAGAGCUGAAGAUGAGGGAACAUACAGAUGUAGAGUUUACAGCGAACAAAGAUCUGUGUUUUCAACUUACGCUACUUUGGAACCGAAACUACUUGAUUCAUUCCUCCGUCUUCAUCUGUCUCUAGCCGUCUGUCCAAAUAUGAUCAUGUUUUUUGCUUUUGUCUUCUGGGGUGUUUCUGAAGGAUCUGUGAAUGAGACGGUCUGUUGUUGUGCUCUUUAUUUUCUGAGACCUCUCCUGAUACUCUGGGCGGCUCCAUAUAUUAAUAAGUUUGCAGACAAGAUUAAAACAUGGAUUCUGAAAUACAGUUAUGUUGCAGAAUAUGUUGUUUUCUCAGUUGUUGCUUAUUCAGCUCUUUUUUCGACUGCUUGGCAAAAACUUCUGAAUUUUGCUGUAUUUGACAGAGUCGUGAUUAUAGUCCUGUUUUCAGUCGUGUUUCUGUGCUGCUCCUGCAAAAUCAUUUACCUUUUAGUCACAGAGAUUGGAAAGAAAGAAGGACGGAUAAUUGAAAUAUUUAACCUUGUGGCUGAUAUGAUCUCUGAUAUUCUGCCUACUUUACAAUUCAUCCUCCUGUUUUACACGUUUGGAUCUUGCUGGAACAGGAUUCAUCAUCAUUGUCAUUUUACCAGUGUUUCUGAUGAUGACGAAUGACAGAUGGUUUUAUAGAUGCAGAGUGAGACUCGGCUGUGAGUAUUUGAUGAAUUCUGAUCUGAUCUCUGUUGAACUGCAUCAAUAUCUCUGUUAUAUUGAUCAUCAGUGUGAGAAACACGUUACUCUGAUCUGAUCUGAUUCACUGUAACUGUUUAUAUUAGAUAAAGUUGUUGUGUGUUGAGAUAAAGUUGCUAGGGUAUUCUGGGUGGUUUCUAGGGUGUUGUUGUGCGGUUGCUAAGGUAUUUGGUGUGGUUGCUAGAGGUUUACACACAAGCAAGGGAAUAUAAUGAACCAUGAGCACAAACACACACUAAUUAUUAAUAUGUAUUUACUGUUUUGAGUAACUUCACUGAUGAACAGAUCAAUAAUAAUCAUGAUUCGAUUCAUCUGUCAAUCAUUCAUCAAUAAUCAUGAUUCGUUCAUUGAUUUCUGUUUAAUCUCCAGCAGAAAUGAAUCAUUUGAUUCUUCAGUGAUUUGAAUUAUGAUGAUCAGAGUUCAGAUGUUUCUCUGAUCAUCUUCACAUUGAGAGUCUUUAUUCAGUUUAUCCUCUGAUCUCUGAUCAGCUCUAUUUCUGUCAUGAAAUCAUUCUCUCUCUCUCGUCUCUUUCAGGUUCACUUUCAGUCAGAAGAACAGUGAUGAUGAUCUUCACAUUAGUGAUGAAUGCAGUGAUGAUCGGUUUUUACAUCAUGACACUGGAGAAAACAACAGAUCCUAUCGGAUGGGGCUGUGUGCUGGUGUUCCUGCAGAUACUCUGGACAGUUAUGAAGUUCACAGAGGGCUAUUAUUUCUAUCUUU